ACAGAGCUGUCAAUGAACGCCUCUUUUUCCACAAGCCAAGAUAACAAGCAGGGCCGGGCGAUAUUCACAACGAAAGCAGUGAUGUUUCGGAGGCAGGUGAUACUGCUGUGAAUUGUUUGGACCGUAUGUUGAGAAAACCGAAAGGAGGGAAAAUAAAGGAAACGACGGUUCAGAAGGCUGUGUGGUCCGGAGGACGAAGCUGCCAGCUAAUACUAAUUAAAGAAGGAUAAUACACACUCAAACUGACAUCGCUAACCGAGGAUAAUCUGGCCAAGGAUAACCUCGACAAGCUCUAGGUGUCGAGAAGAUAAGUUAGUUGGCUUGGUGCGAAGAUAUCUCAAGACUGCGGUGACGUCUGCCAGUACUGUCACCUUUAAACACAGAAGGAAAACCAAAACAAACCCCCAGCCGCCGUCCAGCACUUUGAGGAUGAACCACUUAUCGCUCAGUGAGCUAUGUUGCCUGUUCUGCUGUCCACCGUGCCCCAGCAAGAUCGCCUCAAAGCUGGCCUUCCUACCCCCUGAGCCGACCUACAGCCUCAUGUGUGAUGACAGUGGCAGUCGAUGGACGCUGCACCUCUCCGAGCGUGCCGACUGGCAAUACUCGGCCCGUGAGAAGGAGGCCGUCGAGUGUUUCAUGACACGCACCUCAAGAGGGAACCGCAUUGCCUGCAUGUUUGUCCGCUGCUCACCCAGCGCCCGGUAUACUCUGUUAUUCUCCCACGGUAAUGCAGUGGACUUGGGCCAGAUGAGCAGCUUCUACAUUGGCCUCGGUUCACGGAUCAACUGCAACGUUUUUUCCUACGACUACUCUGGUUAUGGGGCCAGCUCUGGGAAACCCUCAGAGAAGAACCUGUACGCUGAUGUAGAUGCUGCCUGGCAGGCGCUCCGAUCACGGUAUGGCAUCCGUCCAGAGAAUGUGAUCGUGUAUGGUCAGAGCAUUGGCACCGUGCCCUCUGUAGACCUGGCUUCUCGCUAUGAGACUGCUGCAGUCAUCCUCCACUCCCCGCUCACCUCUGGCAUGAGAGUGGCUUUCCCUGACACCAAGAAGACGUACUGCUUUGAUGCCUUCCCAAACAUCGACAAGAUUUCCAAGGUAACAUCACCAGUACUCGUGAUCCACGGUACAGAAGACGAGGUCAUUGAUUUCUCCCAUGGGCUGGCACUAUAUGAACGCUGUCAGCGCCCAGUGGAGCCGCUCUGGGUAGAAGGGGCCGGCCACAAUGACGUGGAGCUCUAUGGACAGUACCUGGAGAGACUGAAGCAGUUUGUUGCACACGAGCUAGUCAACUUGUAAAGGAGCUGGGGGGAAAAGGGGUGGAGAGGGAAGAAGAGAACACCGCCCCAGAUUUAAGGAGAAGCUGAAUGAUGAACGAGGGGUACAACAUUUUAUUCUAAUUCAAGUAGAAGUUGUGUGUUGUACCAACAUUUUGAUGGUUGACUCCUCAUAAAUUGGGCUUGCCCACACCGUCCACUCCACAUGCUGCAGCUGUGAAGUUAGAAGUACUCAUCUUUUUUUUUCUUUUUUUUUUUUAAAGAUUUUCUUUUUAUCAUGUUGAAAAUUGCACAUUGUGUGAAAUUCUGUGUGUGAAUGAAAGGGGAAGCAGACAUGUGCACAGGCAACAUACCAUGUGUACAUGCCAUGUAUGACUGUGUGUGUAUGUGCCACAUUUUUGCUGCCUUUUGUGAAGGACAUGGUCCACAGAGAAACUUUCUACAAACUGUACUGGACCAGACUCACUCAAAUUCAACUGAACUCAGUCUGACUCGACGGUCAGAUUUGGUCCGACACACUGCAGUCACCAUGAAUUCCUCUUCUUCUUUUUUCUUUUUUUUGAGUACUGUUUCUUAUAUAUUUUUGAAUAUUCUACUUAAUAUUGCACGUAUCAGCUGUCACUGAAGAACUGUACAAGACAAACUGACAUAUUACCCCUCUGUGUCGGUGUUGCCAAAUGUGUAGUAUGAUACAUUGCAGAGAUUUAGGAAUACAAGGAAGUGUACUUUUACAAAUCAUGUCUAGAACCAUCUCCAAAGCUUCGUUAGUUGUGUGAAUCCUCCACUUCUGUUUAGUUUUAAAGUGGUACAGUCUACACAGAUACAGCACAAGACGAGGCUCCGUCAGCAGCUUAUUGUAUCUAGCUGGUUUAAAGGCCAGGGGCUGUACAUUGUUAAACAGGGAAGUGUGGGUUAUUUCCUCACACUGGAACAGUGCUUACAUCAGAGUUUGACUUGAAGUAUUGUUGGUAUAAGAUCAGUAUAGCUACACCGUAGUUGAUGAAAUCGAUUCUUCUUGACGAAAUUAAAUGCUGGGCAAGUCUGUCGACAAAAUGCCAUCUACCUUUUUGUUUUGUUUUUUUGGAUUUUACCCAUUUGCCUAUGUGUAGUAGUCGUCACGAAGCUCAGUGUUGACAGUGUUUUAUUUCCUGCCUUUGGGUCUGAAGAGGUCAAGUUACAUAAUGUGUAUAGCUACAAAUCUCUGGUGUAUCUUGAUCAGAUCUUUCUGUCAUUUUUUUUUCUCUUUUUUUUUUUCUGACAAUACUGUAAUUACUGUGACGGCAGAGUUAAACCACUAGAGCCAAUCAGGAAUGGUGAACUUGAUGAACACGGCUAGUUUUUCCUUUUGGUUUGCAUGAGAUGUUCAUGCAAACCAAAAGUGAGGCAAGAUGAGCUCUCUUUCAGUGCCCAGACAAGCCAAUGUCAACGUGCAGCUGCAUGUCACGAAUGGCUCCCUCCUGUUUUGUUUUUUUGUUUGUGUAUUUGUUUUUUGUCCCCCCCAGUAUCUGCGUUGUACUUGAGCCUGUAUUUAGAAAGAUGGAUCAGAAUUUGUUAGUAAAUUAAAUAAACCAAUAAGCUAAAGGGUGCUACUGUAAACCUUCAGGUCUGAUUAGUUACAGGUUGAGAAGAAGAAAACGACUCUAGAUCAGAACCAUCAUUUGUCAUGGUCUGUUAUGAAAACAAGUCAAUCAUGCUUUUCUUUUUUUACUUUUAAUUUGUGUACUGGACUUGUUUUGUUUUUUUGUUUUUUUUAAACCUGUUCUUUUUACAAGCUUUUGUCUUCUAUUAACCUAUUAACUGUAUUUCUUCUUACUUCUCUAACUAUUGAUAUGAUGGAGACUAGGCCAAAAUUUUGGCUUUUCAAAUGAUCUUUGUACUGCUCACCUUGACAAGAGUCAUGUCUGAUUUGAUUUCAUUUUGUAUAGCAUAUUUCAAUACAAAAAGAACCUGUAUGUAGUAAUAUUAAUAAAGUAAUUCUAACAUGGAUAGAGGAAAUAAAUGGUAUUUGACAAACAA